AUGGAGGGGGUUGAGGAUACACGACAUACCCAACGAAAUUACCUGGGCCCCUAUACACCGAAGAAUCCAAUUCCAACUAUCCAACACUAUCAAGAAGUAAAGCAACAGCGCCGUAAAAAUGCGCAGUUAUCAAGAGACGAUACCGGUGCCGGUGCAUCGGAAGAUCUUCAGGAAGAAAAUCAAGAUCCUACCUACGACCUAGGCAGGGAAGAGCUGGAUGGCCCGUAUAAGAGUCGAAAUCUGAAUAUUGUAAAUGCUUCGGCAUCUUCUCAGGGCAGCAAAGAAGAGCGUGACGCAAACGGAGUGGACAAGGAACAAAAUGGAGGGCUGGAUCGAGUCAAAGAAGGGCAGGGAGAGGAGAGUCGGCCCCAGGGGGAGUCCGAGACUAUGGAAGACACAUCUGAGAUGAUACUGGGGGCUCAAGAUCCCAAACAAAGGAGAAAAGCAAUGAAGAAGCGAAGAGAUGAGGGCGCAGAGCGGCAGGUGACAGACCCUGUCACCCAUCUUCCAGUCCAAGUUCACGAUUUUACUGGCAAGGAUCUGAAGAGCACACCGCGGAAUAACGAAGUGCUAAAUCUGAAGCAUGAGUCGACGACGAGCUUGAGCGGGUUAGACGAGGAUCGAUUGGAAGACGACAGGAGGGUUGCCCAGGAUGGCGUCAUGCAAAUGCUCAAGCUAUUUCCGCCUCCACAGUUCGAUCAGGCAAAAGAAAACUUUGCAAGGCAGAGCCGAAAUUUGUUCAUCUGGGUAUCGACUGGAGUUGCUCUGGUGACUCUUUGUCUCUUCCUUGUGGCAACACUAUUUAAUGUGUCCGAACCGUUUGGUCGGACUUCAUGGAAAGGCGUUGCCAUUAGGACCAUCCUCUCGACGGUGCUGAUUGCAAUCCCUGCUGUCGGGUCCAUUUUCUUCUUAAGCGGGGUCCUCGAGAGGAAAGCAAGGGGCAUUUGGGACUCUGAAGUAUGGGAAGCAGAAAGGCAGGAAGGCAAAAUGAUUGCGAAUUCCAUGAAAAUUCCCGAAUCUGCGCAAUGGCUGAACUCCUUGAUUGCGUCGGUCUGGCCCCUAAUCAAUCCAGACCUCUUCACGAGCCUGGCGGACCGCUUGGAGGAUGUCAUGCAAGCCAGUUUGCCAAAGACGGUGCGGAUGGUGAGCGUUGAAGAUCUAGGGCAAGGAAGCGAGUCGAUCCGAAUCCUUGGCGUUCGAUGGCUGCCGUCUGGAGCGGCAACCGAAUCCGUCACAUCGGAAGGCAAGGUCCAAUCCUCGGAGGAAUCUAAAGAAGAGCAUGGCAAGGAAGCAGAGGACCAAGGAGCAGAGACCAUGGAGGCUGAAGAAGGGGACUUCAUCAAUCUGGAGCUGGGCUUCUCUUAUCGUGCCCGGGCAGAAUGGAAGGGUUUGAAGAAUCGAUCAAAGCAGGCGCAUCUUUAUCUUGCCUUUUAUCUACCCGGAAACAUCAAGUUUCCCGUUUGGGUGGAAUUACGAGGGAUUGUUGGUAUCAUGCGAGUCCGACUUCAGCUGACCCCUGAUCCCCCGUUCUUUUCUUUGGCGACGAUAACAUUCCUGGGUCAACCGAAAGUGGAUCUUUCAUGUGUUCCGUUGAUGAAGAAAGGAUUGAACAUCAUGGACCUUCCCCUGAUAUCAAACUUCGUCCAGAGCGCCGUCGAUGCUGCGACCGCGGAGUACGUGGCACCCAAAAGCCUUACCUUGGACCUGAAAGACAUGAUCGUCGGAGAUGAUUUUAAGAAAGACACCAGUGCACGCGGCGUAAUGGUUAUACGGAUCAUUCGAGCCUUCGAUUUCAAGCAAGGCGACGCCGGUUUUGGCCCAUUCAAGGAAGGUAGCUCUGAUGCCUACAUCAGUGUCGGUUGGGCCAAAUUUGGAAAACCGUUGUGGUCCACAAGAGUCAUUCAGACUGACAUGGAACCAUGGUGGGAUGAGACCGCAUACGUCCUGGUUACCCCAGAGGAACUGAACGUAAAUGAAAGCUUGAGGAUCCAGCUGUGGGACUCAGAUCGCUUGACUGCGGACGACGACCUUGGGCGCAUCGAGCUGGAUCUUAAGACGCUCAUGCGCGACCACCAAACCAGUGGCAAGAUGUGCGAUAGAAGCGACGGUUUUAGAGCAUUGAAGAAAGGCCAUAGCAUGCCUGGAAAAUUGGAAUGGAGUAUUGGCUAUUACUCCAAAACAAGGCUUCUCGACUCUCAGAUUGCCCAGCAGGACGAUGAUACCGAUAUCAAGUCUAUGAAACAGCUAGAAGAGAAGGUGGAAGCAGAAAGCAAGGGAAAGCUUCAAGAAGCGAAGAGAAAUGAGAAGAGCGAAUUUGAGCAGCAAAAGGCACAGGACAUGAAGGCAAUGCAAGACGAUAUGAUCGGCAAUGUCCCCCCCCCAGAAGAGUACCCAAGUGGAAUUCUCUCGAUCCAAAUCCAUCAAAUCACCAAUCUCGAACUUGAGGCGACAAACAAAAAUCAGACGGCAGCGAAAGAGUCCCGAAGCGACGAAACGGAGGAGGGCGAUGACUUACCUAGCGGCUAUUGUACCAUCAUCCUCAACCAUUCGAAGAUCUUCCGGACUCGAACGAAGCCGAAGAAUUCGAAGCCAUUCUUCAACGCCGGAUGCGAGCGAUUUAUCCGCAAUUGGAAGACGACCGAACUCCACGUGUCUGUACGCGACUCUCGAGUGCACGAGGAUGACGCGCUUAUGGGAGUGGUAUACCUGCCGCUCGCCCAUAUUCUCAAACGACGGUCCCAGGUCAGUGAGUUCUUCCCUCUUGCCGGAGGGGUUGGAUUUGGUCGGAUACGGAUUUCUCUCGUCUUUCGAUCUGUCCAAUUGCAAUCACCACGACAAAUGCUCGGGUGGGACUAUGUGACCUGCGAUAUCUCAUCAGGGGUCAAAGUCAUUGACGGCUGCGAAGGGUUGGAGAACUGCAAGAUCAAGUUCAGGACAAACGCUGGGAAAGGCAAAAUGAAACCGUCGGGCCAAGUUGAAGACAAGCAUUCAUGGGAGACAAGAAAGAAAAGCCCGAUAAUGCUCGCUGUAAGGAAACGGUACUCCACGGCCUUACUGAUCAAAUUCCAACUUUCCUCCACCUUCGCCGACAAGACGCCUGCUUUUGCCGUCUUGUGGCUUAAGGAUGUAGCGGAUGAAGAGGAUCAAUCGUUCCAACUUAGCGUCUGGAAAGGGGAUGUUGAGAGAGCGAUAAAAUGCUCCAUGCCAGAAUACGGGCAAAGAGUCGGGACGAUCGAGAUGCACAUGAAGCUUUGGAGCGGCCUGAGCGGUUGUCACGCUGGACUCGCAAGCAACAACCCGAACCUUGAGGACAUCAUGGAAGUCCUGGACUGUACCAAUGCCAGCGAUGACGUCUCCGACACUGGUCCCGAACUUGAUGCAAAUGAUAGCAGCGAUUCGGAUUCGGAUUCCGAAGGUGACGAAGAAUCGCUGUCAAACUCCGGAAGCAGGGGCCCGAUUAGGGAAGCCAAAGAGUACAGGAAUAAUGCGAAGGACCUACACCGGAAGCAUAAAGGAAUGAUGCAGUGGAAGGGGCCUCGAACACUCCAAUGGCUGAAGCACAAAGCCGAACACGGAGGACAAAGAGUAGAGGGACUGUUCAAGCAUCAUGACCGGAAUUCUGGUUUCGAGACUGAGGUUUGA